GAGGUUCUUGGGGAAGAGAAGCUGAAGGAGAUACUGAAGGAGCGAGAACUUAAAGUUUACUGGGGCACAGCGACCACAGGGAAGCCACACGUGGCUUACUUUGUGCCCAUGUCCAAGAUUGCUGACUUCCUGAAGGCAGGAUGUGAGGUAACGAUUCUGUUUGCGGACCUUCAUGCAUACCUGGACAACAUGAAAGCCCCAUGGGAACUUCUAGAACUCCGAACCACCUACUAUGAGAAUGUGAUCAAGGCAAUGCUGGAGAGCAUUGGUGUGCCCCUGGAGAAGCUCAGGUUUAUCAAAGGCACUGAUUACCAGCUCAGCAAAGAGUACACACUGGAUGUGUACCGACUGUCUUCUGUGGUCACACAACAUGAUGCCAAGAAGGCUGGAGCUGAGGUUGUAAAGCAGGUGGAGCACCCUUUACUGAGUGGUCUGUUGUACCCCGGACUGCAGGCUUUGGAUGAAGAAUAUUUAAAAGUGGAUGCUCAAUUUGGAGGUAUUGAUCAGAGAAAGAUUUUCACCUUUGCAGAGAAGUACCUCCCUGCACUUGGCUAUGCAAAACGGAUCCAUCUGAUGAAUCCCAUGGUCCCAGGAUUAACUGGGAGCAAAAUGAGCUCUUCAGAAGAGGAGUCCAAAAUCGACCUCCUUGAUCAGAAAGAGGACGUGAAGAAAAAGCUAAAGAAGGCCUUCUGUGAGCCAGGCAAUGUGGAGAACAACGGGGUUCUGUCCUUCAUCAAGUAUGUCCUCUUUCCACUCAAGUCUGAGUUUGUGAUCCUUCGAGAUGAGAAAUGGGGUGGAAACAAAACCUAUACUGUUUACCUGGACCUGGAAAAGGACUUUGCUGCUGAGGUUGUACAUCCUGGAGACCUAAAGAAUUCUGUUGAAGUUGCCCUGAACAAGUUGCUGGAUCCAAUUCGGGAAAAGUUUAACACCCCAGCCCUGAAGAAACUGUCCAGUGCUGCCUACCCAGAUCCUUCAAAGCAGAAGCCCACUGCCAAAGGCCCUGCCAAGAAUUCAGAACCAGAGGAGAUCAUCCCAUCCCGGCUGGAUAUCCGUGUGGGGAAGAUCAUCAGUGUGGAGAAGCACCCAGAUGCAGACAGCCUAUAUGUGGAGAAGAUUGACAUGGGGGAAGCAGAGCCCAGGACUGUGGUGAGCGGCCUGGUGCAGUUUGUGCCCAAACAGGAGCUACAGGACAGGCUGGUGGUGGUGCUGUGCAAUCUGAAACCUCAGAAGAUGAGAGGAGUGGAAUCCCAAGGCAUGCUACUGUGUGCUUCUAUAGAAGGGGCGAGCCGCCAGGUUGAACCUCUGGACCCCCCUGCAGGUUCUGCUCCUGGUGAGCAUGUGUUUGUAAAGGGCUACGAGAAGGGCCAACCAGAUGAAGAGCUCAAGCCCAAGAAGAAAGUUUUCGAGAAACUUCAGGCCGACUUUAAAAUUUCUGAGGACUGCAUUGCACAAUGGAAGCAAACCAACUUCAUGACCAAGCUGGGGUUCAUCUCCUGUAAAUCACUAAAAGGGGGUAACAUUAGCUAGCCAGCCAGCAUCUUCCUCUCCCACCAUCCUGUCUGCUGUCCCAAUUCGUUUCACCUAUUCACCCAUCAUCUCUCAGGACACUGAAGCCACAGGUCUGGAACUGUUGAUGAGUUCCCAAACUCAACAGGGGACAGCUCAUUUCUGGGAUCCCAUCUGGGAUCAUCCCCACCCUGCUGCAAUGAAACCAACCCCCUAGGGUAAGGAGGCUGGACGAGGCUGGGCAGCAGUAGACCAGCAGUAGCAGACCAGCUGUAACUUCUUCCCUUGCCAGCUGAUUACGAAGUCUGGUUUCAAUAUAACUCCUAGAAAAAGUUUAUGCCACAAUCCUUGUAAUUGGAAAAACAUUGGUUCCCAGGUUCCCUAGGAGUUAUCCUAGCAUCUGUGCCUCUAGCUGGGCUCUGGUGCCUGGACUGGGCUAAUUACAGCUGCUCCCCAACAGGAAAUUGUGGGAUUUGAAAAGAGAAACAGAGAACCUAGUGGUCUACCAAGCUUCCAGAGCUGACAGCUUUCUCAAGCCUGCCUACCCUGAGGCCUGGCACUGGUGGCAGGACCCACCCCAGUGCUAUUGAAAUUUCCUUUGAUCAGCUAGGUUGGGACAUUCCCUAAACCUGCUGUGUGUUAGCAUCAGGGUCAGAGUGGACUGGCACAGUGUGGUGCUUUCUUCAUAGAGGGUAGGAUACUUCAUAAGGCGUCUCAGUCACAUCACUAACCACCACUGUCAAAUUCAAAUAAAAUAUAUGAAUGACA